UGGAGGUAGCGAGACCUCAGUAAGUGGUUGUCAUUCACUAGAACAAAAAACUCAGGGCUAGGGCCACUUCCUGUUAGAUGAGGGUUGCCAGAGCAAAAGCAAGGCAAAAAACUGUUGCACAUCACUCACUAGGCCAAGUAACAGGAAGGGACGGCAUCCAGAGAAACUUCAGGGAAUGUAAUGGAAAUGAGCAGAACAGCCACUCUAUUGCUCUUGGCCACACAUGUGUCCUAUACAGAGGCUGUGCAUGUGAGCGACCCAGUUGUUUGCUAUAUUUUAGAUGUAAUUCUGCUGCUGUAUUCCAUUAUUUUUACUGCUCUCUACUUCCAAGUGAAGUUUACAAGGAAAGAGCCUAUUCCUCCUGAACCUGCAACCCCAGCACGAAACCCCAAUGAGCCUGUAUACACAGACUUGGAUCUGCCUCAGAUGAGUUCUGAUUAUCAGCAAUUGGACAGACCGAUUAGAAGACGAGAAGAGGAGACACAUUAUCAGGAACUGAGAGGACAAUCAAAUGAAGAAUACCAGGAAAUAAAAAAAACAGGAAUUAAACCUCGCAAAGGCAACAACAAACCUAAUGAGGCUCGAACGAGAAGAAAACUGGAUGCCGCUGAAGCUGUGGAGAUGGACACUUUUGUGGUAUCAUGAAAUUAAUUAUGUGUAAACUCAAAAAGAACAACAUAUAUAUAUAUAAAUAAAGAGAGAGAGAGAGAGAGAUAGAUAGAUAGAUAUCUGCUAACUAACAGAUACAUCACAUGUAUCUGUUGUAUGCAUUCAUAUUUUUUUGUUUGUGUUUUUACUUUGUUUAUAUAGCCUGUAAUUUGCUAUCUUGUUUGUCAACCUUUUGUUACAAUAGAUGGUCUUGUAUGCUUAACACACAAGGAAGGCACUGAUAAUUUUGUAAGCUGCAAUUUAUGAACUGGACUUCGAAAGUGUUAAAUAGUCCCAGUCAUCAUGUGACCAGACUAAACGUAAAAUAAACAUAUUACUGUAAUUACUAAACAUAUGCACAAAAUAAAAUGUAAUAUCUAUUCUGUAAGGCUGUUCAACUAAUUAUACACAUUUUCAAAUUUAGAAAGACCAAUGACAUGUUAGAAUAUUAAAACAGUUGGAAAAUGGUUUAAUGAUGUUUACAACAAAAAAGAGAACUGUACAGUUACAGUAAAAGAUUAUAUAUAUAAAACAACAAAAAUACAGCAGACAAAUGCAUUAAAGCUACCAUGUUAUCCUGAUUCACAUACUUUUAAUCUACACAAUCAUUCAAUUCUAAGCUACAGUGAUGUAGCCAUUUAGCGUUCAGUCUAGGGUUUAUGUUCUUGAUAACAGGCCACGAGUGGCAAUAGAGUUCAGGUUUGUAGUGAUACACAGAACCCAACCAAUCAUCACUAUGACAACAAUGAGUUACAGCGUUCUGAAGGGAGAUAUAGGAGUAACAAUCUACAGUAUGUGACAGGGUGAGAAUGGAACACUUUCCUUAAGAUUUAGCUGAAGGAAAUACAGAAAUGAGAAAUGAGAGUAUAGAGAGGGAUUUCUUUUGAAAUCAUUGACAAAGCAUUAUGUACAUUUUCAUUUUUUUCCUCUUUUGUUUUAAAAACAAUGAUAAAUUGGGCAGUGAAACUGAUAUCACAUACAUUGACAUCCAAAAACAUACAAAAAUACUAUUUCUUUUACCUACAGUAAGACAGUUUUGCCGUUAAUUCCAUGCUGUGACAGAAAAAAGAACAACAAAUUCAAGAAAAUUAAAACAACAAACUCCCCCCCCCAUAAGCAUCUCAGAAAAAUACCAAAAUAUACAUCUAAGCUUUGGAAUUACUGAGGUUAGGACUACUGCCAGAGCUGGGUUCUGUUUCUUAAUACACAAGCUGAAGGAUUUGGGAAGGAAGAAGGAAAAAACAGAGUCAUCUUUGGUAUCUGCAUUUGUAAAACAUUUCAUAUUUGGAUUUUUGCUUUGGAAUAGAGCUUACAGUUUCUUUCGACCCUUCACUCGGCAUAAAACUAUCAAAAGGAUUGUGUCACACAGACACCACCCUUGCUGGAUGGAGGACAACAAUGCAUAGUUGCACAGCUGAUCAAUCAAACCAAUUGAAAUCAUGAUCGUGGAAACAGCAAAGCUAGAUAAAUACAUUGACAGAACACCAAAAUUACGGGACAACGGCACCUAAAAUUAUGGAGAGACCUUGCAUGUUUUCCGUAGACAAUCAUAGAAACAGUGUUGUAACUCCAGAGAACAGUUCAUCCAGAGAAGGUUGCAGUGAGCCCAGGACAUCCUUCAGUGUGUAUUAAUAAACUUCACCCAGCCCGUGAGGUGUUACUUUGACAAGUCCUUUCAAGAAGCCAGCAGAGCUUUUUUUCCCCUCUUUUUACUAAACCCCGCCCACUUAGCCAUGUGUGACCAAUGAUCUCAAAAGUUGAGGCAGGGUAAUAGGAGAGAGAGUUUAGUCCAUACAAUCACUUUGAAAGUCUUUGGUUACCACAGAGAAGGUGAGGAACUUGCAGACCGCCAAAAGAACGAAGAACACACAAGCACACAAACCAUGCAGCAAAACUCAGAAUGGGGGAAAGAUGACGAUUGUCAAAUCAUAUAAAAAGCUUUGAUACAAAAUGAAUAAGUGGCUAGUGUGAACUUAAGUUUAUAUAAAAAGGAAAAUAUAAAUAAGUGGGAUGAGCUUCUAAAUUCUGGCUAAUAUGCAUGUGCUUGUGUGUCUUGCGUGCCUUUUUGUUCUUCUUGGUGUCAAUCCAGUUUCUCACUCCAAACAAUAUACUGACAACUGCGGGCUUCCUGCUGUGGGACAGUAAAUUUUUUAAAUUUCAUUUAAUCUUAUGAAGUAGAUUUAAGCAAGUUUUUACUCGGUUAUAAAUGAGGUAUACAACAGCUCCUUUACUCAGACCAGCUCUCACUCUUUCUGGUGCAUGACCUCUUCUGCAACUAUCCUAUUUUGUCACUAGACUGAGGGUCUACAGCAACAAUAUAUUAUACAAUCGGAAUACUACCCAGUCACACACCAAAAUCAAGUGUCCAAGGGAUCAUUUACAGCCAUGUGGUCAAUUGCAUCAAAUCAAUAUGAUGCUUCCUUAUAUCCACUAAUAUCCAAAAAAAUGCCAUGUUUCCUGUAUUUUUGAUCGAUGAGUAAAUCAAAGUCUUAUUACUUCAGACAGAAACUACUUUCUAUACAGUAUUAAAAGGAAUAGUUUUCUAUCAAACAAAAAUGGUGUCAUCAAAAUCCGACCACCAUCAGAUCGCCUCAGUCACCAUUCACUUUCAUUGCAUUUUUUCCCCAUACAAUGAAAGCGAAUGGUGACUGAGGCUAACAUCUCGCCAAACAUCUACUUUUGUGUGCUAUGCAGUUAAGAAAGUCAUACGGGUUUAAACACAACAUGAGGGUGAGUAAAUGACAGAAUUUUCAUUUUUUGGUGAACUAACCCUUUAACUUUUUAAAGUAAAAGCACCACAAGCAACAAUCAUGCCACCCCCCUACAAAUCAGCAGGAGUUGAGUUAUUAGUAAAGCUUUUUCAACAGGUAUCCAACCGGCUUGAAUUCUACCUACAUAAUAGGUAGCAACACUUCCAAAAUAUCACAAAACACAUAGAACUCACAGCAUUAUUUUCAUGGUCGAUAUGCACCACGCGAGUUUGACAUUGGUGCAUGCUUGGGUGCAUCUUCUUUCACAUGCGCACACAUACGCAACAAAAAACGAAAAUCAUCUCUUGCAUAAACAUACUCACUACAAUUUGCUACAAUGUGUCAAACUUCUGAAAUAAUAAUAAUAAGAAGAAUAAUAAUAAGGCAUAAAUCAUAAAUGCAAGUUUUUGUCAAACUAAGAAAGCCAGUGACCUUGCUCCCUCAUGAUAUACUAAAAAAAAAUUCAGUAAAUAAAUUCAAAUGAUUGUUAAAGUAAAAAAAA